UUAUUUCUCUCGUGCAGCAGCCAGGGGCGCGAGGUGAGGAGGAGAGGUGCGCUCUGUGCUGUUUACCUGCGCAUACGGGGAGGAGGUGGGAGAGAGACAAAGCAAACAGGGAAACCGGGAUACAGCGUCCCAGAAACCCGCUUCAAACCCAGUUCAGCUUAAAUCUCAGCGACCAAACGGAUCUGGAUCUCCUCACCUUCAGCCAUGGCGGGCAAGGAAGACAGGAAUCCCUCACACGCCACAUUUGACCUCUUUGUCCAAGCCAAGACUUGCAAGGAUGUAAAGCAGCACUUUGCCGACCUCUGUAAUCAACUGCAGCUCGAUCCUAAAGAUUUCAGGGGUUUCUACAACAAGCUAAAGGAACGGCUGAACUACUGGAAGGCCAAAGCCUUGUGGACCAAGUUGGACAAAAGAGCCUCUCAAGAGGUUUACCAGCAGGGAAAAGCCUGUGCCCAGAUCAAGUGUCUGGUGUUGGGUGCAGGACCAUGUGGGCUGCGAGCAGCCAUCGAACUGUCCCUGCUGGGGGCUCAGGUGGUGGUGUUGGAGAAGAGAGAGAUGUUCUCUAGGAACAACGUUCUCCACCUGUGGCCUUACACCAUCCAUGACCUCCGGGAGCUCGGAGCCAAAAAGUUAUACGGCAAAUUCUGCUCUGGCUCCCUGGAUCACAUCAGCAUCCGUCAGCUACAGCUGAUCCUGCUGAAGGUAUCUCUCCUCCUCGGAGUGGAGGUACACACCAGAGUGGAGUACAAGGGCUUGAUCGAGCCCUCUGGUGAAAAAGGUUGGAUGGCCAGACUGGAGCCUCAGUCUCAUCCUGCCGCAGCCUUCCAGUUCGAUGUUUUUAUCUCUGCAGGGGGAGGCAGGUUCGUCCCUGAUGGUUUUAAGCACAAGGAGUUGAGAGGGAGGCUGGCUAUUGGCAUCACGGCCAAUUUUAUCAACGGGAACACAGCUGCCGAGGCCCAAGUACCAGAGAUCAGCGGCGUGGCCCGCAUCUACAAUCAGAGGUUCUUCCAAGACCUGCUCAAUGAGACAGAUAUUGACUUGGAGAAUAUUGUGUACUACAAAGACGACACCCACUACUUUGUCAUGACAGCCAAGAGGAAGAGCUUGCUGAAGAGGGGGGUCAUUAAACAGGACUUUAGUAACGCGGAGCAGCUGCUGGCACCUGACAACGUAGAUCACAUGGCAUUGUGCCAUUAUGCACAUGAUGCUGCAAACUUCUCCACUGGUGGCCAGCUGCCCGACCUACAGUUUGCUCUGAAUCCGUCCGGCAAGCCUGACGUGGCCAUGUUUGACUUCACCUGCAUGCACCGCGCCGAGAACGCCUCCCUGGUCCGAGAAAGGAGGGGCAAGAAGCUCCUGGUAGCUCUUGUUGGAGACUGCCUGGUAGAGCCCUUCUGGCCUCUGGGAACAGGCAUCGCUCGAGGGUUCUUCGCCGUAUUUGACACGGCGUGGACUGUGAGGAGCUGGGGUAUGGGGAUCCCACCCCAGAAGGUCAUUGCAGAGAGAGAAAGUAUGUACCAGCUGCUCUCCCAAACCACCCCUGAAAACACCAGCAAGAAGUACUCUCAGUACAGCAUCGACCCUGCAACACGGUACCAGAGAGUCAACCUGUCAGCCAUCCAGGCCAGCCAGGUGCAGCACCUGUACGAUUCUGAUAAAGGCAAAACCAUAAAACUGAAAGACAGUCGGCCUCCUAUGCGUCAAGAUACAAUGAGUGGAUUUCACGAGUUGUUGAAGUGGUGCCAGAACAACACCAGAGGGUACAAGAACGUGAACGUCAAAGACUUCACCCAGUCCUGGAAGUCCGGCCUCGCUCUCUGUGCUCUGAUCCACCACUUCAGACCUCAUCUGAUCGACAUGUCUUCCCUGGAUGAGUCAAACAGUGUUCACAACUACCAGCUGGCAUUCAGCGUGGUGCAGAAGGAGCUGGGCAUCCCUCCUGUCAUGUCUCCCAGUGGUCAGAUUGACAAGUUGUCCAUGGUUCUCUACCUCACCCAAAUCAAGGAUGGCUUCAAUUUGUCUCCAAAAGAACCUGCAGGCCCCCUGCCACCGUCCAAGCCUCUGAGUCUCUCCCGGACACAGUCGGCUGUCUUUUUCCUGAACAGGCUGAAGCACUGCUCGCUGCAAAGACAAAAGGAAAGGCUGGCGACUCUGAAACGAGGUGCAAAUACUGAUAAAACGAUGGGAGAUGUGGAUGAAAUGCAAGAGCUACCUGCGUCUGCUGAUGUCCGUCCAGCCCCUUCUGCUGAUUCUGCUCCAGCACCGGAGCCUGAACCAGCUGAGGCGGUGCUGAUGAUGAAUAGUGAGCAGUGCUACUUCUGUAAGGAAAUGGUGUACGCGGUGGAGCGCGUCAGCGCGGAGGGAAUGUUCUUCCAUCGCAGCUGCUUCACCUGUCAUAAGUGUGGCAUCACGCUCAGAUUAGGAGGCUACGCCUUCGACAAGAAUAGCGGGAGGUUUUACUGUGAAAUGCACUCUGAUCUGCUGCUUACAAAUGAUGUUGAAACGUCAUGUGAGGAUUUUAAAGAGGAUGAAGACGACGGGAGUUCCAGCGACGAUUCCACACUGUCUCCAUCAGAUGAGGAGUUCUUCCUCAAACCUGAUUGUGUCUCCUCUACCCCCGCCCAGUCAGAGGGACAAGAAGAACCACCUCAGAUUAAACAAGAGUCCAAAGAAGGGUCCAACGAACCGCACAAGCCGAGCACUUUUCCAAAGCCAGCAUCUAAGCCUGAGGGAUCAGCAUCCGCUCAAGACAAGCCUGAGGAGGCGGUGCCUUUCCCAGUUCCAAAGCCACGCUUGUCGCGCCAGACAACCCCCACCUCCGAGCCCUCGCCUCCUGUGGCAAAGCCUCGCAAUGUCAAGUUGGCGCCCAAAACACCUCCCCCUCCAACUCCUUCAGAGGAAACGUCCAAAGCAGGACCCGAAUUCUCUCUCAAACCGCUGCGGAAGCUCCAGUUGUCCGUCGAGGAGAAAAACGAUCUGGGGAACCUGCAGAGCUUGAGCGCAGACUCUGACUCAGAAACCCAAGGCGGAUCCUCCUCCUGCUCGUCCUCCUCUGCAAAUGCAGGCGGGCCUCCUAAACGAGAGGGCCCGGAUGGACAGGAGGAAGAAGGUUACUGGAGCGGGAGCACCGCCAGUCUCAACCGAGAGAGGAAGAAUCGACACUGCUUUAAGAAAAAGGAGAUGCCUAACGGGCAGAGAAAAGUUAGAUCCAAAUUCUCCCCCUGGAAUCUCUCCUCCCCGAGGAUCACCAGAGAGGGCGGCCUCAGCGUCCACGUUAGUCACCCCGGCAGAGUGGAGACAACAUUCAGACACGUUCACAGCGCCUCGGAGGAAGGUGUUGAUGAAGACGAUGAUGAUGACGAUGAUGAUGAUGAUGAUGAUGAAGAUGAUGACUUUGAUCAGGACGACAUCGUUGUUGUGAAGUUUGGAACUGAACCAGCUGAAGUAGAAAAGUUCCAGCUGAAGAGGAUGAAGACGCUGCAGCGGCAAGCCAGGAUGAGCCUCAUGGAGCGGUUCUGCAAAGCUCAGGCGAUCCAGCGUAGACUGGAGGAGAUCGAAGUGUCUUACAAGGACCUGGAGGAGAAAGGUGUGAAGCUGGAGAGAAGCCUGCGUAGAGAACCCAGCACCAGUGAUUCCUCUGAAACGAUUGAAGAAUGGAUCCAGCUGGUCCAUGAGAAGAACGCAUUGGUCUCAGAGGAGUCUGAACUCAUGGUGGAGUCCCGACAGCUGGAACUGGAAGACAAGCGCGCCACGUUGGAGCUGGAGUACAGGAAGCUAAUGGAGAUGAAAGAUAAGACACCAGAGCAGCAGGCUGAAGAGGAGCAACUCUUUGUGCAGAUAAUUGAGGUGGUGGACAUGAUGGACUCUCUGGUGACAUUUUUGCAUGAGAAAAAACAGAAAGAAAUGAGCGAGAAGGAAGAAGCUGUCUCCAUCAUGGAAGCCAAAAGACAGUCUAAGACGGGGGCUCAAGUUCAGUGGGCUUAAGCUUUUUGGACACACGUACACGGGCUGGAUGAACCUGUGCAGAAUGCAGGUGACGCUUUUUUCCAUGUGUGAGAUUCCGACUUGGAAACCGAACGUUAAAUUUGCAAAGCCAAAGAUGAGACAGCAGACCAGCAGUGGUCCAUCGGAGAAUGACGAACUGACGAUCCUGGCAGGCGCAGGUCAUGGCGACAGAUUUUAUGGGAACGCCGAUGUUUACGAGUCUGUUGAAAAAUCGCCUUGGAGUUGGUGAACCUUCCUGCUUCAGUGCCAUAAACCUGGACUGGGACUAAAGUCAAGCUAAAUCGGAGAUUAGAAAGCCUGCAAGAGAAGCUUCAGAUAAACACGGAGGGAUAAUGUUCCUGCAGUUAUGUUGGCUUAUUGUUUCUAUAUGAUUUUAACUGUAUGUUUAAGUACCAAUGUGCAAAACUCACAUACAGGAUAUCUAGCUUCUGUUUUACAUGUUUGCAUACUGAAUAUAAACAUGACGCAGAUGCAAACGCCGAGAGGAACUUACAAUAGCAAAAUGGUGGAUUUUAAGUCUGUUAAUUUUUUUUUUUUUUUAUUUUUUUCCCUAUUCAGUUUUCAUCUGUUAUUGUGGAGGAAUUUCGUAGCAUUUUCUGCUUUUCAAGGUGUUCUCUCUUCACACCAGGCUGGUUUGGUAAUCUCAGGGGCUGGCAGUUGAGUCUGAUGUAGUUUGCACCCUUUGUUGGGGUGUAAACGGGAGGGGUUUCGAAUGAGUGAGAAGUAGACUUGAACGGGACUGGUUUGUUGAACUUUUUUGCCUUCAUUGACCAUUUGCAAAUGAAAGAAAUCGGCACUGAAACAAAUCAGUUAAAGCCUUACGCCAUAUUUAUCAUCCUGCUGCCAUUUUGUGCCAUUUAAACACCCCUUCACAGUAUAUCAAAUAAAGAUCUCACACUUUGA